CUCGCGAGCAUCGCCGCGAGCAACGAGCCGCUCACGGGCGAGGCGGCGUGGUUCGAGGGGCACUUUUACCUCGGCUUCUGGCACGACGUCCCCGCGGUGGUGCCCCCCCCGCCGGGGGCCAUCGAGGCGGCACUGGCGGCGCGGCCUCAGCAGGACCUCUCGCGCUUCAAGCCGCCCGAGGCGUGCCGUUACGGCAGGUCGUGCCGCUUCAAGCUCUCGUGCUCGCGGCACCACGGCGCGGAGGGGGAGCACAGCCGCAACUGCUCCUGCGAGGACGAGAACUGCCUGCUUGGCCACCCGUUGCGCGCCGGCCGCGACCGGCAUGCCCCGCACAGCGGCGCCGCCUCGAUGGCAAACCUGACGCCGCUCACCGGAGGCGCGAACGCGGUCGGCGCGGGCAGCGGCGGUGGCGGCGGCGGCGGCGGCGGCGGCGGCGGCGGCUUCCCCGGGAUGGGAGGGAUGCUCGCUGGUCGCGGCGGGCAGGGGCCACCGCGCCCCAGCGGCCGGCGGCCGCCGCCGGGGUACAAGUGCGCCAAGUGCGGCGAGGUGGACCACUACAUCAACGAGUGCCCGCAGAACAUCUGCCACAAGUGCGGCGGCCGCGGCCACAUCGCAACCAACUGCACCGCAUCCCGCAGCGAGAUGGGCGGGUGGGGCCAGCAGAUGAAGCGGCCGUACGCCGACGUCGACCCCGGGCAGUGCUCUACUGCCCAAUAA